GAACCCAAGUCAGAGAUUGUCCAGCCAGGAAGGAAACCAAACAUGACUGAUCAAGAGUACUGGGAUUUCUUAGAAGAUGAAGCAGAGAGAUACUUCAAGUACAUCGGCCUUGAUCCAAGUAAACUCCAGUCCUACGGCUCUUACAAGGAUUUGCCGUCAGUUCUAAAGAGAGGGAACAAUACAUCAGACAGUUCGGAUGAGAACCCUGCCUCUUCAACGGAGUCCAAUGCGAAUAGCAACAAGGUGGAGAACAAGGUGGAGAAGAAAGAAAAAGUUACCGAACAAGAUCAAUACAAGAAGGAGAUGGAGAAAAGAGCACCAGCAACCAUCGAGGAGCGAAUGACACAGGUUUUUACCCCCAGCAUGAUGGGGCUGGUACCAGGUAAGGGGGAAAAUCAUGAGAAAGGACGGAGAACAGGUCUUGGAGACUUUGAGGGAAGAGGUGAAGGAGAUAAAGACAAGGGUGGAGGGGAUUGAGAGGGGAAAACUUUGAAAGCAGCAGUUGCGAUGGGGAAAUGGCU